AUGGGCGUUUCAAAUAAUUUUGAAAUGCUGGAAAAGAGGAGGCCUUCUGUGAAAAGAGACAGUCUCGUGGUGCCUGACAGUGAGGAUACGACAAACUGGAGGUUGAUCAUUGUUGCUGGAAUUGUUUCCGCGUUAAAUGCUGUGGAAAAUUCUGUUGUGGGAAUCGGAGAGUGGCCAUAUAUGAAAGAGAUAGACAAAGAUGCAACGGCACAGUUUUUCGGUAUGGCAACAUCGGCAUCCAAGUGUGGACAUGCUUUGUUCGCACUGGUUUUCUCGAUUUGGAGUUACAAAACACAUUCAGUCAAAAUCCCACUUAUGGCUAGCCGUUUAAUUGCGAUUGUUGCGUGUCUGAUCUACUUGAGCAUUGAAUAUGUACCAUCAGGAAAGAGAUAUGUAUUGGGAAGUGUAUAUAUUCUACUGGGAAUCGCUAACAGUGCUACUACGGUACUUCGAGGAUACAUCGCUAUGUGCUCAUCCACCAAAGACCGUCCCAGAGCUUUUGCUGUAAUCGGUCUCUCGAUCAUCGUUUCGAUUGUAGUUGGUCCUACUCUUCAACUCUUAUUCAGUAGCAUUGCUUAUCCUGGAUACGAAAUUAUACACGGAAUGAGAUUCCAUAUCUACUCGGCACCUAUUUGGUUCUCAUUCAUUCUCACAAUCUUCACAGUUUUCUUCAUUGCAUUCUUCAUGCAAGAUGUUCACCGAGCCUCCACAGAAAGCAAACUGGAAGAGGAAGAAAAUAAACCAAUGUUCUCGAUGGAGCAGUUCAAGGAAACGUUGAAUAAGCUGAAGAGAAGCGAUCUCGAUUGGAGACUUAUUGCUGUUUGUUUAUUCGUGAAAAUCGCUGCAACUUUCUCGCAUGCUACCAUGCAAUCACUCAUGUCAAUUCUAUUCAUGGUGCAAUAUGGAUGGACUGGUACGGAAACUGUCCGAAUGGGAUCAAUGCUGAUGGUUGGUUUUGGUGUUGGCUCUUGUGUGAUUCUACUUCUAUAUAUUUUCUGUAAAUUGGGACAAAUUCUUCCACAAGAAAAGGUGUUCCUGGUUUGUACCAUUGCUUCCGGAUGUGUUUACCUUAUCACCUAUCCAUUUGAUUUCAACAGUCAACCAGUAAUACUGUACAAUGAGACAACGCAUGCCGGAUGUAAUCCAGUUGAAUACUCAUGGUGUGAAAAUGCGAUCGCAGUCAACCCAUACUUCUUUAUGGUCAUAUCAUUGAUUAUAUCAGCUCCAUCGAUUCCAAUGAUGCAUACUGCAUUGGAUACUGUGUAUUCAAGAAUUCUAGGAAACGUAGAUCAGAGUGUUGCUCAAGGAGCAAUGACAAUUGUAGACGAUAUUGUGUUCAUGGUAACUCCAAUAUUCACAACAACCAUGUUCACAUUACUAGGAGUUGGACCACUGUGGAUCAUCAAGUCUGCUGUAUUCUUCGCAAUCGCCACAGUUUGGUUCUUGAACAUCAAAAAGAUUGGCUCCCACAUGUAUUAA